AUGGUGGUCCCUCCUGCUUCGGGUGGCCCUAUUCCAGCCCCUUCACCUGCGCCAGCACCACAACUCCCAGGAGCCGCGCCCGCAGCAAGUCCAUCAGCCUCCGCCAACGGCAAAUGGAAGCAACCAGUUUCUGCUCCAGGUACUUUGAACGGACCGCCUUCCGGCAACAACCAUGCUAUUCCUCUCUCUGCUCGACGUGCAGAGCCGAUGGACCUUCGUUCGGUCGAGCGAAAGGGCCAGCGACCAGAUACCCCACGGACAAGGCGAAUGUUCAAUCUCCCCAACGCACCCAUCUAUCGUCCCACUGAGGAGGAGUUUCGCGAUCCGAUGGAAUACAUGCGCAAGAUUGCGCCAGAGGGCAGCAAGUACGGUAUCGUGAAGAUCGUGCCGCCGAACAACUGGAAUCCACCAUUUGCGAUCAAUACUGAGCGUUUCCAUUUCCGCACACGACGACAAGAGCUCAAUUCGGUUGAAGGUGGCAAUCGCGUGUACAACGAUUACCUCGACCAACUUUCCAAAUUCCAUAAGCAGAACGGACACAACCUCAAUCGAUUCCCUAGCGUCGACAAGCGGCCACUGGAUCUAUAUCGCUUGAAAAAGACCGUCGAGCGCAAGGGCGGGUUCGAAGCCGUGUGCAAGGGCAAGAGGUGGGCUGAGGUUGGACGUGAUCUGGGAUACAGUGGCAAGAUCAUGUCCUCGUUGUCCACCUCUCUGAAGAACUCAUACCAGAAAUGGCUUCUGCCAUACGAGGAAUACUUGCGCUUGGCCAAGCCCGGCGUUCAUCAGCAGCUUGAGAUGAUGAACGGCGGUCCCUAUACGCCAUCUCCAGGCCCAUCGCCUGCAAAGAAAGCUUUUGGACCAUCGCCACAAGAUCAGGGAAGCAUUCUGCAGGCUUCUGCGGCACUUCAUGCCUCUUUGCAAGGCCAAACCCCUCAGCAUCUGCCACCCCAGCAGCAAGAGACGCCGCAUUUGACGCCCCAGCAGACUCCUCAGCCAGCACUUGCUCAGCCAGCGCCCCCUCAGACGGCACUUCCUCAACCAAGCACAGGUGGCUUCACCCCAGUGAAUCCAGGCGGCUUCACCCCGGUCAACGUGCCUGCUCCGAGCCCAUCCUUUACAGCUGUUAAUGGAUCGAGCGACUUUCACCCUUCGAACAAUGCCACGCCGCAGCCUCCACCGCGUUCCAUGGACUCAACACCUGUCAGCUUGGGCCAAGGCCAGCAACUCAUCGCGCCCCAUCCCAACGGUGUUGCAGCCUUGAAGCGACAGCACAGUGAGCUGACACCCGAGGAGGUUGAUGUGCUGAAUCGAAGAAGCAAGCGCUUGCGACGAGACAUGCCAACAGUCGUCGGGAGCAACAUGCACCAUUCACGUAUGGGCGCUGCCCGGGCCCAAACCGCCAAGGACCGAGUCGAUCAUAUACCAGGGGACGUCUGUGAGGCUUGUGGCAAACCUGACGAGCCUCACAAGCGGCUCAUAUGUGCAAGCUGCGAAAGCGCGUACCACAUGUACUGCUUGGAGCCUCCGCUGAAGCAACCACCUGACGUCGAGUUUCACUGCCCACGCUGUCUAGUCGGCACCAACGAAUACGGUUUCGAAGAAGGCGACGUGUACUCGUUGUCUGGUUUCCAAAGGAAGGCCAAUGAAUUCAAGAACCACCACUUCCUCUCUCUUCCUCCAGAAUUCAGCCCGUUCAACGAGAUGCAUCGUGUCUUGGACGAGGAGGAUGUCGAGCGGGAAUUUUGGCGUCUUGUUGAGGAUAAGAACGAUGCCACCGAGGUCGAGUACGGCGCUGAUAUCCAUUCCACCACGCAUGGAAGCGGGUUCCCAACAAUCGAGAAGCAUCCUCGCGAUCCUUACGCCACGGAUCCAUGGAAUUUGAACAUCCUUCCGCUGGACAAAGAAUCCCUCUUCCGUCAUAUCAAGUCAGAUGUCUCGGGCAUGACGGUGCCUUGGCUGUACGUGGGAAUGGUGUUCUCUACGUUUUGCUGGCACAACGAAGAUCAUUUCAGCUACUCGGCCAACUUCCAGCACUUUGGCGAGACCAAGACCUGGUACGGCAUUCCUGGCGAGGAUACUGAGAAGUUUGAACAAGCUCUGCGUGAUGAUGUCCCAGAACUGUUCGAGACUCAACCGGAUCUACUCUUUCAGCUGGUCACGCUCGUCAAGCCCGAGAAGCUACGCAGGGCUGGUGUACGUGUCUACGCUGUGGAUCAACAUGCUGGAGAAUUCGUCAUUACUUUCCCAAAAGCCUACCAUGCCGGUUUCAAUCAUGGCUUCAACUUCAACGAGGCUGUCAACUUUGCGCCUCACGACUGGGAGCCAUUCGGCGAAGAGGGUGUGAAGCGGCUCAGAGACUACAGGAAGCAGCCAUGCUUCUCACACGACGAGAUGCUUCUAACAGCUGCAUCGAGAGACAACACCAUUCGAACGUCGAAAUGGUUGGCACCUGCUCUGGAGCGGAUGCGAGACGAGGAGCUGGCAACCCGACAGCAGUUUCUGACUUCUGAGGAAGUUGACCCCGGCUCAGCGCCGGCGGACACGUACCUUGGCCCUCGAUACAAGGCACCUGCGCAAAUCAUCGAGCUCAGCGUCGAAGAAGACGAGGUCAUUUGCACGUUUUGCAAGGCGUACUGCUUCCUAUCCCGAUACGUGUGCAAGAAGACUGGCAAAGUCCUGUGUCUUCUGCACGCUGCCUCUUAUGAGUGCUGCGAUGCCCUCGAAUUCGAACGCUAUUCUGGACAAAGUGGCGAGCACGUACUGUACUACCGAAUGACGGACGACCAGCUGGUCAACACCGUGCGCAAAGUGGUGGACAAGGCGAACAUUCCCGAGAAUUGGGCUGCCAAGGUCGACAGCGAACUCGAGGAGAACCCACGACCGUCGCUCAAGCAUUUGCGAACCUUGUUGACGGAAGGCGAGAAGAUCCAGUAUGAGCUUCCUCAACUUCCUGACCUGCGGCGCUUCGUCGAGCGGUGCAAUGAGUGGGUCGAGGAGGCCACUAACUACAUCACUCGAAAGCAGACGAACAGGCGUAAAAACGACAAGGCCUCGCGAAAGGGCACCAAAGCCGCCGAGAUGGAAGAGCGCGAGAAAGAGCUGCGAAAGGUCUCGAACAUUCGGAACCUGCUUGCCUCUGCGGAUCAAAUCGGAUUCGAUUGCCCCGAAAUCAACACGCUGCGCGAGCGUGCCGAGAACAUUGCAGCUUUUCGGAAGGAGGCUAAUCAUGCGCUUAGUAACGUUGUUCAGAACGAGACGAGCGUGUUUGAAGAGCUUCUCGAGAGGGGUAAGGAGUUCAAUGUCGACAUCCCCGAAAUCGAGGACAUCGAAAAAGUGCUGCGCCGGUUGCGAUGGUACGACGAAGCCAAGGCGAAGCGGCCCAAUCUCGAGACUGGACGUCAAGAGCAGACACUCAGUGACAUCGAGAAGUUCAUUGCGCGCGGUGUAGAGCUUGGCAUUCCCGACACGAAUCCGGAUAUCGUAUUCUAUCGCGAGCACAAGGCACAAGGAGAGGUUUGGGAAACAAAGGCAAAGGAGCUCAUGGCCGUCGAACAAGUCCACUACCAGCAGCUCGAUGCCCUUUCGUAUCAAGCUUUGAACCUGCCGGUCAAUUCGGAAACCUCCGCCGCUGUCGACGCCAUCUUGAAGAAGCAGCGCGAGAUCCAAGAAAAGAUCGUCAGCCUGGUGCAGCGAAGCAAGGACCCUGACUUCCGGAAUCGCCCUCAUUAUAGGGAGAUGAAGGCGGUGAUGGACGCAUUGGACGAGCUUCAAAGCAAGCCAAAUGGGACCAUCGAUCUCGAGAAGGAGUCCAAGCGACACGAGGACUGGAUGCGAAGAGGCAAGAAACUUUUCGGCAAAGCGAACGCUCCACUUCACAUUCUGCACCAGCACAUGCAGACUGUGGACAAGCGAAACGAAGCUUGUUUCGAAAUCGAAGACAAGCCACGUGGACCCGUCGAGCCUUCAUCACGAGCAGCGACGCCAGAGGAUGGUGAACCGAUCACUGUUGGAAGUAACUCCAGCAGGGACGUAUUCUGUAUCUGCCGCAAGUCUGAAGCCGGCAUGAUGAUCGAGUGCGAGCUGUGCCGCGAGUGGUAUCACGGCAAAUGUCUCAAGAUCGCCCGCGGCAAAGUGAAGGAAGACGACAAAUACACAUGUCCAAUCUGCGACUGGCGAGUGAAGAUCCCGCGUGAUGCUGCUCGGCCCAAGCUGGAAGAAUUACAGAGCUGGCAGGAUGAGCUGGAAACGCUGCCAUUCCAGCCAGAGGAGGAGCAGACACUUAACAGCAUUUGCGACCACGGCCAGGCUUUCCGCGAGUUCAUCAAGCCUAUCGUCGAGCCAGCUGUGCCUCCGAGUCCUGCCGAGAUAGGUGUCUUGCGCUUCUAUCUUCGCAAGAUUGAAGGCGCGGAUAUUCUACUCGCGCAUGAGACCAACUACUUGCGCCAGACUCUGCACAGGAUGGCUGGUAUUACACCUGGGCCGCCGCCUUUGGUCGAGGCGUCGAGUUCCACUCGUAAGCCACGACCCACGAAGCAGCAGAAGCUCAUGGCAUCGCUUGGCAUCACGAAUCCAGAGGAAUUGCCGCAACAGUACAAGAUCAAACCGCACGUUGCCAAGAGAAAGGUGUCGGAAGUGAUGGGCAAACCCGGUAUGCCUUUGCAGCCAGCGAGUGCCUCGCCAACAGGAUCGAUGACUCCGGGCAUCCCACCUUCGUCCUCGGGGUCUGCACAGGCCUUCCCCUCUGGCAUGAGUCCCUUGCAACCAUCGGAGCCACAGCCGAUUCGAAAGAAACAUCUGACUGCGUUGGCGGUGCAAGUACUUGGACCUCUAGCCGGCGAGCCCAUGGUCGAUGAGUUCCUGGCGACCGAGCCGCACGCGAACCGUGACAGACUAUUGAAGAUGAAGGCUGUGUUGGAGCUGAAGGAUCCAUCCGUCAUGACCGACUUGGACACAUUCAAGGCCAAGGUCAACUCGAUGUCCGUGCCAGCACCCCAUGCGCCUUCGCUUGGUCUCGAAACCCCAAACCAGGAGCGUACACCUGCUCCCACAAGCGGUUACAACACGCAGCCAUCGAUGUUUUCGUCAGGCAAUGAUGGUCCUUAUCACCACGCGCCUUCUCAGCAACCAAGUCUAGGUUCGCCGUCAGCAUAUGCGUAUCCAGCUCCGGCGCCAGCUCCAUCACCGCCACCGCAUUUUGGCCCACCGAUGUUCGAUACUGGAGCGAACCUCUUCGAAACGCCAACAGCGACAUCCGGCGAGAAUAACAAGAGCAUGACUAGUCCUGACUUUGGACCUCAGUCCGGGGGCGGCAUGGGAUCUAACCACAUUCCCAGCGGAAUGCCGUCCGGCAUGUUCGAUUCGCCCAAGCAACCGGAGGUCAGUCAUGCCCAACAGCCAGCUUUCACUACCAGCGCGGGACUCAACAGCCCUGGUUUUGGCGGUUCUCAACAAAGCGCAAGCGGCAACAUGGACAGCGUGUUCGCCGAUCUCGUGCACGACCAAGACGACGGACUGCCAACAUUCGACGGCGCACCCGACGUCCGAGACAAGGAACGCAUGAACCUGAUGGACAAUGCUCCCACUAGUGAAGGUGCGGCCUUCUCUGGCGCCGCGCAGUCGACGGAGGGUAACGACUCUUCGGACGCCUUCGCGGCUCCUUCGACGGCGAUGCCGUCAGAUCCACAACAGCAGGCUUAG